CGAGAUGUGAAAACAGAAGGGUAUUCGUCAUAAUGAACAAUUUGCUAUUGCUAAUAGUAGUUGCCUCUGUGCUAGGGGCGUUUAGGGUUCAAGCUACCCUCGACCAAUCAGAAUUUGGUCCCAACAUUCUAAAAUUAGUAGAAACCUUACAUUCGGUAUGUGUAUUGAUGUCUGGUACAGACGAGAGCUCUAUUGCCAAAGUAAUACAGGGCGAAUUUACAGAUGAACCAAAAAUAAAGGCUUACAUGAAGUGCCUUUUCAUAGAGACUGGAGUAAUCGACGAGAAAGGCAACUUUAACACGGAAGUGUUGAUCGAGCUACUUCCACCUAAAAUCUUAGACGAGGCUGUGAAUAUUUUUAAAAAUUGUGCUACAAGAACUAAAGGUAUUGCAAGAGAGGAAGACAGAAUAUUUGCUUUACUGAAAUGUUGUUAUGACCAAAAUCCCGAUAUAUUUAUUUUCUUCUAAAUGUGGCGCAGUUCUACCGAGAAGCAGAAAUAUAUAACUAACCAUAACUUGAGUUGAUAUUAUAAUUUGUCUUUAUUUAAUAAAUAUUGAUGAUGUCUUA